UUUGAGUAUUCUACAAUGCAGAUUGAACCUCAUGACUACAUGGCCAAACUUUUUCAUUCUAUAAUCCAGUUUAACAACAUUCUAGUUGAUUUUGAUAGAGACAUCUGGGGAUAUUUCUCUUUAGGUUACUUCAAGCAGAUAACUAAAGCUGGUGAGAUUGGAUCUUCUACAAUGCCUCACAAGGUUAACCCAAUUGAUUUUGAAAAUAGCGAAGGAAAUCUUGGAGUGGCUAAUGGAGAUUUGUCCCAUUUAAGCAUGAAGUUACCUAUUUCACGUUGGCAGAGGGACUUGACUGAUUCUACUGUUUUGAGAAACAUGGGUGUGGGUUUAGGACACUCUCUUCUAGCCUACAAGAAUACAUUAACGGGCAUUGGAAAGCUUCAGGUCAACGAAGCUUCCUUGAGUGAAGACUUGAACCGCACGUGGGAGGUGCUUGCUGAACCAAUACAAACUGUCAUGCGAAGAUAUGGUGUACCAGAGCCUUAUGAAAAACUAAAGGAGCUAACAAGAGGAAAAGCGGUGACCCAAGAGAGCAUGAGAGAAUUUAUUAAGAAUCUGGAUAUACCAGGAGAUGCAAUGAUGACGCUUUUGAAUUUAACACCCCAAACUUAUGUUGGAGCAGCGGCUGAAUUGGCAAAAAACAUAAAGACAGCCAUAAAUUUAGUGAAUGGAACUAGGGUCUUAUAGGUUAAGGAGUGUGCAAGUCAGGUGAAAUAUAGUGCUGAUUUGCUUCGACUUCAUUGAGAGCUUGAGUUGUGAGAACUUGCUUCAUAUGGACAGAGGAAAACACAUUUGCAUUUCUCAUUUCUACUAGUCAGAUCGAGGGACCACUUAGCACUUUUCUUGAAAUUUAGGCACAAAUGUUGCGAAACAGCAUUUUUUUUUCUUCCCCCAAUAUGCAUUUACCUGAGAUGUGGGCAUUCUUUUGUAUUCUGAUCGAGUUUCUUGGAUCCCUCGAAAAGAGAAUUGUACGUGGUUGCCGAUUGGGAAUGCCUA